AUGAUCUUGGCUCGGAUUCUAGGACUGUCGCUCUUCGGGACAGUAAACGCUGCUACACUCGGGAAACGCUUCUCUAGUGCGGAUUUUGCAACUGGUGAAACGGACCCAAAUGUAAACAGUGGCUGUACCUACUGGGCCAACUCGAUCCAGUCCACCGACACUUGUGCGGCAUUGGAGAGCUACUACGGCAUCACUCAUGCGCAGCUUGUUUCCUGGAACCCAUCCUUGAAAGCGACUGACUGCACGCUGAAUGAGAAAUGGAGCUAUUGUGUGGAAGCUCCGACGGUUCCGACCACCACCGAGAAGACGACCACAACUACAGAGGCUCCAGCCACUACCACCUCUACCUCGACAGGUGCAAGCACCACUAAGACCACCGCGGCAGGCCCAUCUCCCACUCAAACUGGGUUGAUCUCCUCCUGCAAUGCCUUCUAUUACGUGCAGAAGGAUGAUUCCUGCUGGGGUAUUGCCAAUUCAUAUGGCAACUUUACAGUAGAACAAUUUUACUCAUGGAACCCUGCUGUGAAAGCCGACUGUUCCGGACUUCAGCCAAGCUACUAUGUCUGCGUUGGCGUCGCCGGGUCUACUACUUCCACUACCACCUCCAAAGCAACGACGGCCUCACCAACCACAUCUGCACCCCACUCGCCCCAGCAAAGUGGGAUUAUAUCUAGCUGUAACAAUUACUAUUUCGUAGAAGCUGGCGAUGAAUGUGCUCUGAUUGCAGCCAAGAACGGUAUCACACUUAGUGACUUCUACUCCUGGAAUCCCGCAGUCGGCUCAACUUGCAGCAGCCUCCAGGCAGGCUAUUGGGUCUGCGUUGGUGUUUCCGGUGGCACCGCAACGACCCACGCAACCACGACAAAGACUACAACCAGCACAACAACGACCGCCGGCACUGGGCCCACUCCCACGCAGUCUGGCAUUAUCGCUGAUUGUUCGGCCUACUACCAGGCCCAAGAAGGGGACGACUGCUGGUCGAUCAUCAAUAAGAAGUACUCCUACCUCACCGCAGCCAAAUUCUACGAAUGGAAUCCGGCAAUCGGCCCAAACUGCAGUAACCUGCAACAAGGGUAUUACUACUGCGUUGCGACGAAGCGUGAAGGGCCGAUGCCGGACACCAUCAGUUCAUGCGCCAAAUGGCAUCUUGUGGCUAGUGGCGAUAGCUGCUGGUCAAUAGAGCAAGAGUACUCCAUUACCUCCAUGCAGUUUGCUAGCUGGAAUCCGUAUGUGGGGUCUUCCUGUACGACUCUGUGGCUAGGGUAUUAUGUCUGUGUUGGUGUUUAG